AUGGCCCACCCCGUGCGCACAGGCGCUGAUUCGCCAACACCCUCGCCGGACAACGUGCUCGAGGUGCAGCACCCGCACCAGCAAAUGGGACACGAAGAACCAGGGCAUGUCACCGAAUCCCAACAAGCUGAGAAUGGCGUUCUCACGAUGGCUGAUGAGCAAGGCAACCCCCUGCCCAACCCCAACAUGAUCAACAUGGGCGUCCACGUCAUGAUGGCAGACAUGCCUCCCCCCAGCAUGGCCUCCGAUGACCUUAUGACGGGUGCCCUGAGCGCCUUUGAAGCGAAAUUUCCGCGUGCCAAGCCCCCACACGUCACCGAUGGAUCGGUCCUGGACCUCCUCAAGCAAUCCCGGUGCUGGAACAAGCAUGACAUUGAUGUGAUCCUCUCAAACAUCCACGUGCGCCGCCACCUUGACAAGCUGCCCAUCAGCAAACAACUAUUCAACCGCGCCAUCACACUCUACCAACACGUGCAGCGCGUGCCCUUUAGCCAAGAACUCCCUCCUCUCCCAACUGCCACUCGCUCACGCCAUCGAUACAUCUGCCUGGCCUGUGAACGCCAUCACGGGCUUCCCUCAACCAUUCGACACAUUGGCUCCACCAUGCCCUGCACAGUCAAGAGUGGCUUGCCUGAUUGGCACACUUGGCGGCCGUGCCCCUGGGCCAUCUUUGGGGCCGACUUUAUUGCUAGAUGUCUUCGUCCCAUGAAAAAUCUCAAGCGCAAGGCGGAUCGGAGCAGCCCCGACCCCAGCUAUGUGCACCUGGACAUGGGUCAACCUGACUCAGGCCCCGCCAUGGCCCAUGGUCAGCUUCUAACAACUAGCCCCUCCCCCAAGGUGCCAAAACCCAAUGUCGAUCUCCUGCUCUCACACCUCCGCGACAUUGAGUCCAACGAAGUGCAGCGCCACGCGUCCACCAUGCACGCCAUCUCUUUGCUCCGCAACGAGAUGAUGAGCCUGACUGCCCCCGCUUCCAGCCUGCAUCAAGAUCAUCCAGCCAUCAUGCAGCCACAUAUGCUCCGACCCGGCUCCAUGCACGGUGUUCCCUUACCCGGCCACCUCCAGCACAUGACCGCCGCCGUCUCGUCCAUGCCUUCAGCUAUGCCCACCGCUGCCAACUACAUGCACCAGCCUCCAAUCGUCAACGAGGCGGCCGAACCCGAACCAGAUGGCCAAGAUGAGCCCGAGGAGCCCCAACAAGCAGCUGCCCACCCACCCGCCUCUGCCGCCGUGGAAGAGGUGCCCGUACCCCGCUGCAACCGCUCCACCAGCUGA